AUCAGGGAGGGGCUGGAGAGGUGAGCCUCUGACCUCACAAUAAGCCUGGAGCCCUGCACAUCCACCAUUGCGGGCCCUUCUAUGUCUCCCACCAGCCCGGGGCUUAGGCCCCGGCCUCCUGAGCGCUGCCGCAGCAGCAGUAUUUCCACUCCAGUUCCCCCCAUCAUGUCACUUCUCAGCAACUAUGAAGGGCUGAGGCAUCAAAUUGAGCGGCUGGUUCGGGAAAAUGAGGAGCUGAAGAAGCUGGUGAGGUUGAUUCGGGAAAACCAUGAGCUAAAGUCGGCCAUAAAAACCCAGGCAGGUGCCAUGGGAAUCAGUGGGAUCAGCAGCAUGUUCAACGAAGGAACAUCCGGCUCUACCCUUCAGACAACCGAUCGUACCUGUCCACCCGCAGGCCCAGUAUCAACAAAUGACCCUGGACUAGAUGAGUUAGGACUCUUAUCCUCAUUGGUUGACAUUCUGAAUUACUCCCAGUCCAGCUCUUCGACCAGCCCAGCAACCAGUCCUAUCUCGAGCCCUAUAGGUGGUUCUUUGCCCUACCCUCAAAAUAAUACAAUACCUGGCUCUGUGGCUGUUCUUCCAAACAAUCCACUGCUUAACUUUUUAGCUGGCAACCUGAAUAAUCCACUGGCCAGUUCCAUACCUGCAUCUCCAAAUGCCUUACUGGCAAAUCCUUUGCAGAGCUCUAGGGCUUGCCCUUUGACCAACCCAGUGAUGGGCUCUGGAACUGUUUCUACAGCUACUGGUACCUCUGGCAACCCACUGACAGUGCCUCCCUCUGGCCCACUAACAGUCAUUCCUAUGACUGGAGCCACAAAUAACCCUCCUACAGGUUCCCAUCCCCCAGUAACCUCUACAGGCAGUUCUCUCCAGGACUGUUCGACUGGGCCAAUGUCUGUCCCUCCAAUAAGCCCACUGUCGAGCUCAUUGUCAAGCCCUCUAUGUGGGCCGAUGGCCGUCCCUCCAAUAAGCCCACUGUCGAACUCAUUGUCAAACCCUCUAUGUGCUGUCUCUCCAGUUACUUCAAUGUCAAACACAUUAACAGGCGCUCUAAAUGACCCUCAAGACAAUUUGUUGCCCAAGCCUAGGGCCAACCACACGCUACUAAAUGAUCCCAGUCGGCCCCACUCCCCUUUGGAUACAGGAUGUCACAGCCCUACAGCCUCAGCUGCUACCUCUACCACGGGCCCCAAAGUCAUAAUUUCCACUGAUGGCAACAAAAUAACAAUGGGCUGGGAACCAUCUCCGGAUGUGAAGCCUUACAACAUGGCAAUUGUGGGUCAGCCAAUCCAGACUUCCACACCCACCAUAACUGUUGGAACCCCCGUUGCAACUUUCUAUAGAUGCCCAGAAGCCUCAACACAGGGCAGUCCCUCUAUUGCUGCCAUGUCUUCUCUUUUGACCAGUGUCCCUCUACCUGGUACAAUUCCCAUAUCUGCCCCUCCAGUUCCUGUUGCUACCACUAGUUCCCAACCUGUAGUCACUGCCACCUCUCUUCACCAAAGUGCUCCCACAUCUUCCCCCUCAACUCUUAAUGCAGCUAUUUGCCAAGACACCUCCAAUAAUUCCCAGCGCAAUAUUCUACAGCCUACCCCUCGUAGUGCCCUCGCUGCACAUGCUACCCUUUCUCUUCCACAUCCCUACCCUUCUCCACCACCACGUUCUUGCACCUCCUCUUCCUCUGCCAAUAAUGCCCGAGGGGCCCGUUCCUCAGAACCUCCAAACAAGAAUCUCCUGGAGAUGGAGAGGAAGAUGGCCCAUCGGAAGACCUUAAAAGUCAACGAAACUCCCAGAGACCCUAAGCAGCUGACAUGGGAGCGUCUGGUUGGGGAGAUUGCCUUCCAACUUGACCGACGAAUACUCUCCAAUAUCUUUCCUGAGAGAGUACGCCUCUAUGGCUUCACCGUCUCCAACAUCCCUGAGAAAAUUAUUCAGGCCUCCCUGAAUACUUCAAAUCACAAGUUGGAUGAAGAAUUGUGCCAGACACUCACUCAACGUUAUGUGAGUGUCAUGAAUCGGCUGCAGAGCCUGGGCUACAAUGGGCGGGUCCACCCGGGACUGACGGAGCAGUUGGUUAAUGCUUAUGGUAUCCUGAGGGAACGGCCUGAGCUGGCAGCCUCUGAAGGUGGCUGUUAUACCAUGGACUUCCUCCAGCGGGUGGUCACGGAGACGGUACCCCCCAGCAUGCUCAAUGAUGCUCUGCUGCUUCUCUCCUGCCUCAACCAACUCUCCCAAGAUGAUGGCAAGCCUAUGUUCAUCUGGUGACUGAGAUCUGCUAAACUCACGCUGGUGAA